GCAAUGUGGCUAGGGUACCCUGGAACCAGCGGGGCCUUGUUCAUGGAUUAUAUCAUCACAGAUAAAGAAACUUCCCCAGUUGAGGUGGCUGAGCAGUAUUCUGAGAAAUUAGCUUACAUGCCAAAUACCUUCUUUAUUGGAGACCAUGCCAACAUGUUUCCUCACCUGAAGAAAAAAGCAGUCAUUGAUUUCAAGUCUAAUGGUCAUAUUUAUGAUAACAGAAUUGUUCUGAACGGCAUCGACUUGAAGGCUUUCCUUGACAGCCUCCCUGAUGUCAAAAUUGUUAAGAUGAAGUGUCCUGAUAGCGGAGACAACGCGGACAGCAACGCUGCCCUCAGUAUGCCAGUCAUUCCUAUGAAUACAAUUGCAGAAGCUGUUAUUGAGAUGAUAAAUCGUGGUCAAAUUCAGAUAACAAUCAAUGGAUUCAACAUCAGUAAUGGACUAGCAACCACCCAGGUGAAGCAGUUCAGGCCAUCUGAGUUCUAUAAUGUAUCU